UACACGGAGUUAAGUGAUUCCUGUGAUCAACUUAGAAAAAGGGGCUCCAAUUGCCCUACAUGUCCCCUGGAAUGAUGCCUCUCUUCUGGGUCAUGAUUUGGUCAAUGCUCCCUCCUUUGGUUCUCCUCUCUGAUCUGGAUCAUUGUACCAUUGAUGAGAGCAGUAGCUCACAGAACGUUUCUCCAUUGCUGGAAUCCUUACAGUGCCAUAAUGAUUACGAGUCCUACGUCUACUGCCAGUGGAUGGAUGCGUCAAACCUAAACACAACACUGUGGUUCCAAAACAAAAGAAAGAAGUGUGAGCCUUACAAAGCUGCAGUCAAGCACACAGAAGAGCAUGGAAUUGUCCGGUGCAGAUAUGAAACUAAGUUGUUUGCGAUCGGCAUCAGCCACACUGCCUUCUUCCUCAACAAUAAAACCCCAGCCCUCUGCUUAUCAGAGCCACGCAGGGCUCUGAAUCUCUCGCAGCACUUGAGAGCGCGCCCACCAGUGAAUCUGUCCGCCUAUGAUUCAGGUGAUGGAGGCCGUUGGCUCAAAUGGUUCAGCCCCUACCCUUCCUCCUCUUCCCUGAGCAAAAACCUCAAAUACCAGCUGAGCUACAGGCCAGACAGACUGGAUGACUGGACUAUUGAGAAUGUCACAAAUACCACUGUGAAAAUGGAGAAGCGAUCGUUGCUUGCAGGUCGCAUGUAUGAAGCUAGGGUGAGGGCCCGGGCCAGUGUGGGUCAGUGGAGCGACUGGAGUCAUGUGGUGACAUGGCAGACUGAGGAAGAUGCUGGGCAGUUUCCCAUUUUGCAUUGUGUGCUGGAUGGAGAGAAGGAGGUGAUGUGUAGCUGGGAGGUGAACAGUGAGCUGGUUCAUUUCAUUACCUACCAGCUGACCUGCACCAAUCAGACUGCAUUGUCUGUGAGAUGCUGUAAUAACACAAAGAUCACUCCUGACCUCAGUAGGUCCGUGCUGAGGUACAGCUGCUCACUGAAUGUCACAGACCCUGCACAUCUGCUGCUGGAGCUUAAACCAACACACAGUGCCAAGAGUUUUAGCACCUCCCAACACAUUCGUCCCUACUCACCAAAGAAUGUAACGGUGAAGGAGGCAGGCAGUAACUGGGUCGUGGAAUGGACUGAACCGCCCAAAUCUCGUGACAUCAGGCUGUAUUAUCAUGUGCAGUAUUACAGCAAGCAGAAUCAGGAUUCGUUUACCCUGCUGAACAUUUCAGAGGGCUCCAUUUCCGUGACCAUCCGGCAACAGUCUCUGGCAUCGUCCCAGCGCUACCAUGUCCAAGUCAGGUCUCUGGUCGUCCCAGGAGAUGAUCAGAGUUAUAAGGGAACCCCCUCUGAAUGGACUGAUCCAGUGGAAUGGACCUCACAUGCAGCCCCCUGGUGGUCCCCAAUCUCCUUGAUCUAUUUCUUCAUCAGUGUGUUUGUGACUACUGUCUUCUGCGCACUCUACUAUACCAUCCCAGCUUGUCAAAGGAGAGUAAUUCUGUGGGUGGAGUCAGUUCCUUCUCCGGGCAAAAGCAAAAUCCUUUCUGAGAUCAAGUCUGCCACCAGCCGGACCCUCAUGCAGAGUGAGAACACUUACAUCUGCAAAGUGCUGAGCUUGGACAGCUUAUCUACAUGCUCCUCAGACACUGCACUGUGGCCAACCAAGGACAAGCAUUUGGAGCAGUACAGGGACUGCUGGAACUGUGAUAACCUGGUCCUCUCUGCUGAGAAGGUUAAUGGAUCUGACACGUCUUCCAUGAGCUUCAGUGGGCCAUAUAUCUUCUGUCAGACACCAGAGCCAAACUGCAAGUCAGCAGAAGACAAGGGUGACGAGAAAGAGGAGAAAAGGGAAGAAACCUCUUCACAUGACACUGCAUCCCCUUCCCCUGUGAAUUUUACUCUUUUUGGGGAAGGUUAUGUGUGUCUUCCCAACCGCAGCGCCUCCAGGUCCACACAGGAUUUGGUAACUUACAGUGAUGCCAACACAAGCACACACAUGCACAACAACAACCAACUGUGCCCAGAUAACACACAGAGGUCGGAUAACGUGGACAUUCAGCCGGGCCUCAUCGAGCCCACCAGCGGCCGCCAGCCUCCAGCCUACACCUCGGGACCUUUUACCCCAUGGCCUCAAGGGGGCACUGUACAGGCCUCAGGGUACUGCCUGCUCCCACAGCCUUCAUGAGAGCAGCACAGUAAUCCACAACAUGCAAGGGAAGAGCAUAUGAAAGGAGGACUAAAUGAAGCUUUUUCCUUGUUUAUUCAUAAGCAUUCCACCUUCUCUCAACCUUCUUCUGCUUUCUUGUUAAAAAAUGCAACCACAUAUAUUGUAUCAUGUUAGAGAUGACUUUUUCAGAACCCCUUCAUUGUGUGUGACCUAACAUCAGGUCAGACGUCUGACCAAUGGAGGGCAAUAGUGAGCUGAGCCUGCGAGUGCCACCAUCUCUGGUGCCACUGCAGAUGGACUGGCGGAGAUGAAGAUAGAUUUCAGUGCUGCACACAAAACAAUUCUUUCUGUCUGAACUUCAUUACACAUACUGGGUCUGCAUGAAAUAACAGGAUCACCUUACAUACAACAAUAUUACGUAAUACAACAGCCCAUAAAAAAUGUAUUCAUAGAUGUUUCGUUUCUUCUUUUCUUUUUUUGAGACUGCGUCAGAGAGAUUCAUUGAAACUUUUCCAGAAAAUGAAGAUCAUUAACAGAACUUACUGCUUCCUGUUUUACAUAUACCACAAAUGCUUAAGAAAUGUUUUGAAAUCUAAUGACGUUUAAUGCAUUUCAUGAGAAAAAGCUUGCUGAUUGCCAUGUUCGCUGCGGUCAUGUAGCUAUGCAUGUUUGCACAAAGGUGUGUGAGUUUGGACCUUGUUGCCAAUGUUGUAACCUAAGUGUUGCUGAAUGUAUACAUUCAGUAUGCUAUCUACUUUGUGAUGUGAUGUUAUUGCUGUGUUAAGUGGCACCAGUAAUGUAACUGUAUGCAGGUUUUUAGCCAACAACUGAGGCCUGCAGGGACAUUGGAGAUGGAAUAAGAAAGUACUGGAAUAUAUUAAGGGUAACUUUACAUGAAAUGUGCCAUCUUCUUCAGGUGUGUUUGAGGCCUGUUUAAUGCUAGUAAAGGAUCAUGAAUGAGUAAGCUCAGUGAAAUAAUGUGAGUUUGUAAUGGUUCUCAAUGUUUACUGCACUUUUGUAUUGUGAUAGUGAUUUAAACUUGUAAAAAAAAAAAAAUCUAUGUUAUAUGAACUUUGUUUUGUUUGGAUUUUUUACAGUCCAUAACUUCUCCAGAAUUAAAUACUGUAUUAUCUGUUUUGCUAUGUCUGUCUGUCAAACUACUUA